AUGUCUUCUCAACAACAACAACAACAAUCCACCCAAUACCAACGCCAAACUCUCGAACAAGUUUCCGGCGACAAAUCUCUCCCAUCAUACCGAGACGCAACGAAAGGACAAUCACCAGUCGAUGUUACAGAAAAGGAGAUGGAGAUCGAAAGCGUCAAGAAGCAAUCGAAGCUGUCUGCAUUGAAGUCAAUGUUCAAGGAGAAGCCGGGAUCAUCAGCAGGGCCAUCCGACAAGCAAUACAACUACGUCGUGUCGAAGAAUGGCGGCGAGGAUAACUUUCCUUUCCAGCAUAGGAACCAGAUGAGAUUCGGGUGCUGA